UCUCAUUUUAUAAUAUCUUACCUAAUGCAUAAACCAAGACAACAAUAAGUAGAUGAAAAUAUUGGUAAAGUGGAUCUACAGAUACUAGCAAAUUGCAGGCAAAAAUGGCCGACUUCAAAAUUCCUAUAUCCCUGUUGCUCUUAUUAAGCUUGCUUAACCUGUUCAGCAGAAGUGAAGGAGCACCAACUUACGCCACUCAUUAUUGCUCCAAUUCAAGCUUUUUCACUCCCAAUAGUACCUACCAAGCCAAUCUCAACCUCCUCCUCUCUGAUCUAUCUUCCAACUCCACACGCCUAGAUGGGUUCUACAAAACCAGUGUGGGUCAAAACUCUCCGGACGUGGCCACGGGUCUUCUUUUCUGCCGUGGUGAUGUCACCCCAGCUGCUUGUAAAGACUGCAUCUCUACUGCAACAAAAGACAUACGAAACCGCUGUCCUUUCGACAAAAUCAUCCUAAUCUGGUACGAUGUGUGCACGUUGCGUUACACCAACGAAUCAGACCUGAACAACUUAGUUCCCUUUGAGAACUUUAACACUACAGCCCAGAAUGUCAUCGAGCCAGACCGGUUCAACGGGUUAUUAGCAAGCACCUUGAAUUCAUUGAAGCAACAAGCUGCCAAUUCCCAAUCGGACAAGAAAUUUGCAACGGCGGCUGUAAAGUUUACGAGCUCGGUGACACUCUACUGUUUGGUGCAGUGCACACCGGAGCUUUCUGUCAGUUUAUGCUUGACAGUUUUGGAAAGUGCCAUCGGUUCUCUUCCCAUGUGCUGCACUGGAAAACAAGGUGGAACAGUUGUGCUUCCGAGCUCUAAUAUUAGAUAUGAACUUUAUCCAUUUUUUAAUUACACGGCAUCAUCUACUCCACUUCCUCCUCUGCCUCGAGGAAAAAGUAAGUCAUCUACAACAAUUAUCGCCAUUGCUGUCCCACUUUCUGUUGCUAUGGUGCUUUUUGCUAUUGGAGUUUGCUUCCUGCGUAGUAGAACAAGCAAGAAAUACAAUAAAUUUCUGGAACCAGAUGCUGGAAUUGAAAUAACAGCCAUAGAGUCCUUGCAAUUAGACUUGGUUACAAUUGAAACUGCCACGAACAAGUUCUCGGAUGAUAAUAAGAUUGGUAAAGGUGGUUUUGGUACGGUUUACAAGGGUACCUUUCCUAAUGGACAAGAAAUAGCAGUGAAGAGACUAUCCAAAAGCUCUGUGCAAGGUGCAAUAGAAUUUAAGAAUGAGAUUGUGCUGGUUGCCAAGCUUCAACACAGGAAUCUAGUGAGACUCUUGGGAUUUUGCUUUGAAGGAGAAGAAAAGAUACUUAUUUAUGAAUACGUGCCUAACAGAAGCCUUGAUUUCUUUUUAUUCGACUCAGAGAGGCAAGGGCAACUGGAUUGGUCAAGUCGUUACAAGAUUAUAGGAGGGAUUGCUCGAGGGAUUCUCUAUCUUCAUGAAGAUUCUCGGCUUAGAAUUAUACAUCGGGAUCUUAAAGCUAGCAAUGUUUUGUUAGAUGCCAAUAUGAACCCAAAGAUUUCAGAUUUUGGAAUGGCAAGAAUAUUUGUAGCGGAUCAAGCUCAAGGAAAUACAAAUAGAAUCGUUGGAACAUAUGGUUACAUGUCUCCAGAGUAUGCAAUGCAAGGACGAUUCUCAGUAAAGUCCGAUGUGUUUAGUUUUGGCGUCCUAAUUCUAGAGAUUAUAAGUGGCAAGAAGAACAAUUGUUUCUAUCAGUCAGAACAUGAUGAGGACCUCUUAAGCUAUACUUGGAAACAAUGGAAAAAUGGGACACCCAUUGAAUUGCUGGAUCCAACUAUAAGAGGUUCCCAUUCAAGAAAUGAAGUCAUUAGAUGCAUCCAUAUCGGGUUAUUGUGUGUUCAAGAAAACCCAGCCAACCGACCUACAAUGGCAACAGUAGUUCUCAUGCUUGACAGUUAUUCUGUUAGCCUGCAGUUACCUCAGCAGCCAGCAUUUUUGCUUCGGAAUAAAGCAAACAGGAAUAUGCCAAAAAAGGAGCUGCAACAUGAGGGUUUUUCAAGCCAGUCGGUGCCAUGGUCAGUUGAUGGAGAACCGAUCACUGAACUGUAUCCUCGAUAGUGUAAGGAAGCAAGUUGUUAUCCAACUUUAAUUACUUUUUUUUUUUUUUUUUGCCAUGUGAUGAAACUAGAACUCAUAGCUACUCAUGGCUUCGUUGGUUGAAGGAAUGUAUAGUGUUGAAUUUACGACAAAAAGUCUGAGUUACAAGUCCUUUAGUUCGAGAAUAAGUACAUACAUGUUGAAAUCUCCUGUUUUCUCUGCCCUUUCGGCCAAAAACUCAAUUAUAAAGGAAAAACGUGUAACUUGUAAGUGCA